CGAUCACGCAAACAGUUUUGCCCUUGCAUCGAGAAAAAAGAAACUCCAUCGAACCGAGAGACGAACACGGCGUAAAAUCGAGAAAAAAAAAAGUAAUACCCUCGUCGUCGCGUUUUGCCUGAUACUGUGCGCUCCUCUUCUAUAAACGCGAGUUUGAUUAAUAAUUGAUUGAUGGUGCCCUCCCCGUGUCGGUCGGUGGUUGAUCGUCGUGUCCAUUAUUGAUUUUGGUCCGGUGGUUGACGAAAGUCGACUGAGUCACGCGGGUUUGAUCUUUGAUGUGUGCAAAAUCCCAAUGAAGUGGUAAAAUUGUGUUGUGUGAAAGUGUUAUUUUGUCUGAAGAGUGUAAAAGUUUCCGACGUAUACCGAAGAAAUCUAUCGUGCGUGUCUGGUUUGUGUAAGGCAACAAAAAAGUGCAGUCAAGAGCAAUGGAAGCUAAUCCGCAAUGACGUUCCCGAUGCCAUCACGGCAAGCUCAGACGCGAUUCUGCUACUGCUGUCAUUAUCACCGUUAUGAGGGCUGGUUGUCGUUGUCGCUGCUGCCGCUCUGAUUGGAUUAAGAAAGUUUAGCCCGAGUUUGUGACGGAGUUAUCCGACGGUAAAGGAGCGAACGGGGACAAUGUCCGAAACGGUAGCGAGCAUUGACGCCGACGCUGGCUCCUGUUCUUCCUCUUCGGCUGUCACGCUUAGGGCGGAACCGUACGACAGUGGCCCCAAAACUACGACGGCUGCCGAUGCGGGUGGUGGUGGUUGUUGGGGUAGGGGAAGCGCAGGAAUAGGUGGUCUACUGAAAGGUCCCGUUGCCGAGCUAGUGAAGGAUGAGCUGAAACGGGCCAGCACUUCACUGCCGCCGCUGUUCUACGAUGGAAAGAGUGACUUGUGCACACUGGGUUCGCGACCUGGUAUGGAGUGUGUGCCAUUGAGAUCUCCAGCAGACCCGUACCACUAUCAUCACGUCACCGAUCAAACAAAGUCAUUACAGGUAAGGAACUGA